GGGUCAAACAGGCAUGCCGUGAGAUAUAAGCACGUCUCAUUUUUCAAUCGGUUUUGAUAGUGUAGACACAACUAUGACCUGUAACACAAUUAGACCAACCCAAAAGGUGCUCACUUGGUUUUAUUUCUUAGUCAGAAAUUGCAUGAGAAGCGUUGUGUGCUUUUAUGACUCAGCUUAGAAGCUGAUAUUCUGUUUGCUUGCAUGAACUUAGCCUGAUUAAUUUUGUGCCAUAUGUGUUGAGGUAUGAGUUGUCUGAUCAAAGAUUUAAGCUGCUAAAGGCAACAUUAUUAUGAGAAUUCUUCCAAAUGAAAUUUGUGUUGGCGAUGCACCUAGAAUGCUAAGAACACCUUGUUAUGCUUCUUUUCUUCGCUUUUCUCCAAUGGAGUUUAGUGGCCUAUGCCUUUAUGCUUUAUGCUUUUAACUUAUUUAGAAUAUUUUUCUUUUUUGAAUUAUCUUUACAGUAACUGUCAAAUUUUCUUUUUGAGAUGGGUCUUUUAAUAGGUUGUUGUGUCUGCCUUGGUGCAAAUCUUAAAUUCAUUAACUGUCAUUGUAAAUUUUUUCAAGGUGAUGUUUCCAUCUACGCUUCUUGGAACGGGAGAAAAUUGGACUUUGAUGAAGACUAUUAGUGUUACUGAAUAUUUGAAUUAUGAAGCAGGGAAGUUCUCUAAGAGCAAGGGCAUAGGAGUUUUUGGAAAUGAUGCAAAAGACACAAACAUUCCUGCAGCCGUAUGGAGAUAUUACUUACUAACUAACAGGCCAGAGGUAUCAGAUACGUUGUUUACAUGGACGGAUUUGCAAGCAAAAUUGAACAGCGAGUUGCUUAAUAAUUUAGGCAAUUUUGUCAAUCGAGUAUUGAGCUUUAUUGCUAAAGAUCCAGGUUCAGAAACUGGCAAAGGUUCCGGAUAUCAAUCCAUAAUUCCUGAUGCUCCAGGUGCAGAAUCACAUCCCUUAACAAAGGCACUGGGAGAAGUAGUUGGCAAAUACGUGGAGCAAUAUGUAGAAGCCAUGGAGAAGGUUAAAUUAAAGCAAGGAUUGAAGACUGCAAUGAGUAUUUCUAGUGAAGGAAAUGCAUAUUUGCAAGAGAGCCAAUUCUGGAGGCUUUACAAGGAAGACCAACCUUCCUGUUCAAUAGUUAUGAAGACUUCAACUGGACUAGUUUAUCUUCUCGCAUGUCUGUUAGAACCUUUUAUGCCAUCUUUUACUGUUGAGGUACUUAAGCAGCUCAAUUUGCCUCUUGAAAUGCAAGUUUCACUUUCUGAUGAAAGAGGAAAUGUUGAAAGGGCCAAGAGACCAUGGGAGUUUUUACCUUCCGGUCACAAAAUUGGAACACCAGCACCAUUAUUUAAGGAAUUGAAAGAUGAAGAAGUGGCGUUUUUCAGAGAAAAGUUUGCCGGAAGUCAAGCUGAUAGGAUUGUGAAGGCAGAAGCUGAAGCAAAGAUCACUGAACAAUUGAAAAAAACAAAAGUUUCAGAUAGAAAUGGGAAGAAGGAACGGCCAACAAAAUCGGCGCCUGAAGUAAAAUCAAAGGCCACUGAUGACACUGAGAUUUCCAUAAGUAGACUUGAUAUCCGUGUUGGUCUUAUAAAAAAAGUGCAGAAACAUCCUGAUGCUGAUUCUUUAUAUGUGGAAGAGAUUGAUGUGGGUGAACAACAGCCUCGAACUGUUGUUAGUGGCCUUGUCAAAUAUAUUCCUCUUGAAGAAAUGCAGAAUCGGAAGGUCUGUGUCCUUUGCAACCUGAAGCCAGCGGCCAUGAGGGGUAUAAAGUCCCAAGCAAUGGUUCUUGCUGCUUCUAAUAGUGAUCACUCCAAGGUUGAAUUGGUUGAUCCACCGGAAUCUGCUCCUGUUGGGGAGAGAGUAGUGUUUCCUGGAUUUGAGGGAGAGCCUGAUGAUGUUUUGAACCCAAAGAAGAAGGUUUGGGAAACAGUUCAAGUGGAUCUGCACACUGAUAAGGAACUGGUGGCCCAUUACAAAGAUGUGCCAUUCACCACAUCAGCUGGUGUUUGCAAGGUUUCAUCCAUUUCUGAUGGUUCAAUAAGGUAG